AUGAGACACGGCUCGUUGGUGUUCCUUCGCUGUGCCGGUGAAUUCAUUAAUUCUAGUCUUGUGCCAGUCCGCAGGGCUGCGUGAGGCUGUAGGCUGCAUGGCACGUUAGAUGGUGAGGAUUAUAUUUCCCUUUUUGCGUUAAUUCAAGCGGCUGCUAUGUUGCCAUCGCUCGUCCGGACCCGUGUUGCUCUACCUGGAGCAGGAGCUUAGCCCAUUCGUGCCUCUCAUCCACUGCGCGGCGACUGAGCGGCGGUCAGCGGUGCGCCCCCGUUCCGCCCGCCGGCACCCCGACGAGGAUGGCCGGCCGCCGAGGCUGCGUGAACUCGCUGUGGUCGGGCACCGAGCGCGUCCGCAUCGGAGAGCGUCUCAAAGCGACGCUGGCCGGGGUGCUGGAGCUGGAGGUGCUCAGGUGCAAGCACCUGGAGAUGGUGGACGCCGCUCUGGAGGACCGAGUGUCGGCUGCGCCCAGCGCCGGGGAGCCGCGGGCGGCGGAGGAGGGGAGCGGAACCCAGGAGAGCGGCGCCUCGGAUGGCGAACAUGGCUCUGCGACAUCCCGCAGGCAACAGGCUCCGUCUCCUUCGGAUAUAGUGGUGUUGCCCUGUCAGAGCAGCCCAGAGGACUGUAGCAGUAAUUCAGGGGAUGGGACGGUCCACUCCUCAUCUGGUAGGGGGAGUAACUCACGCUGGUCUACUCUGUCCUGGGACGCCCCCUCUGAUCUGCUCUCUCCCCCAACACCGGACCCCAGUGGUACAAUCCAUCUGGACAGUGACUCCAGACCUAGUUCAGGUUUCUAUUCAGUGAGUGGGAGCUCUCUCUCGGACUCUUGCUACUCUGUGUCCAGUGAUGCUGCUCAGGGAGGACCAGUGCUACCAGCCAGACCCCUGAAGCUGUGGGAGCAGGUUCCUCCAUCUGCUGACAACACUGACAUCGUGUGGUCAGAAGGUGCAGUGCAGGUGCAGCAGCAGCAGCAGCAGCAGCAGCAGCAGCAGCAGCAGCAGCAGCAGCAGCAGCAGCAGCCUGCAUUGCAGAACAGACCGGAAGAUGGUAAACCAACAGAAGGGAUGCCAGUUUCAGUCCAAAGUGACCUUGAAGCGACUGGUCUGAGCUUUCUGUCUGAACUCUGCUCAGGACUCGGUGAGUCCCUGAUUUCCACCGUGCUCCCACUUCUCGACCCCACCUUCUCUUCCUCCGCCCCCUCCCUCCAUCCAAAACCCCAGCUGGACCCUCGCUACUGCACAGACCUGGUGUCCCGUCGGACCAAAGAGGUGUACCCCUAUCCCAGCCCGCUGCAUGCCGUCGCCCUGCAGAGCCCCCUCUUCACCUCCCAGGGCCAGGAGCAAUCAGCCUCUCCAAGCCCUGAAGGACCCCAACUAGAUGAACAGCAAGAGUCCAGCACUGAUCCAAUUCAGCCUCUCCAGUCUCAGCAGCCCCCCGCCUUGGCCUCCUUCACCCAUCUGGAGCAGUACAUCUCUCGACUGGCUCGCCAGUACCACAGCCGGGUAACCUCCUCCACCUCUGAUCUCACUUCAGCUGCCACACAUGUUCCAGUCACGCACAGAGGCCUUUGUACUCCUGGCAAAAGUCAUGGUUCAACCCAGUCCCUUUCUGCCUUUGAGAGCCGCAGUGCACUCAGCAUCACUCCCUGCAAGUCGCUGCUGGGAAACUCUGCCAGAGUCAGCCUCAGCACUACCGGGAAAAAAGCCACAAGGAAUUCAAUCAACUUGGGUAACCUUCCUUCUGCAACUGGAGAGGACUUGAACAUAAAUCUGCAUCUGAACCUCAACUUGAACCUGACUCCUGGUUUAAACUCUAGCCGGGGGCUAGAUGACAAUCCCAAAAAUGGCAGUUGUGGAGCUUUGAGGAGCGACUUUGCUGCAUCUUCUACAGCCUCUGCAACAUCACUCUCCUCUGCUACACCCACCCCAGCACUUAGGACUCGCCCUCGCAUUUCAACAUGUCCAAGCAGCCUGAGCCACCGCAGUUCCCUGGAGGUCACCUCAGGGUCUGGAUCCAGUCCUGGAUUUGGGUCAUCUGCCUUCUGUCGCUCAUUAGACUGGAGCAGCAGUGCUCCUCCUGAGACAGGACCAUCGGUGUUUGGUACAAAUUCUGGAUCAGCUCCUGGGUCUCAGCGCAGCAGCUUGAUCCAAGAGUCCAGCUCCAGUCCCAUGCUAUGCGAAGACUCCCCCAUGGUGGAAGAGAUCUCCCGCCUCUCUGGCCUCUCUAGGGCUGUUGUGGUUGGACUAAUGGAACAAGGUGUGGAGUUGGAUAUUGACUGCUUCCAAACUGACACUGCGGGCGAGGUGAAGGGUCACAGUAAAACUCACCUGACAGCCCAGACUGAUCAGUCACACGACUAUACCAGACUGACAGACCUGAAUCCGCAGAGACCGAUACAGCUGUCCCUCAGUGUCACCCAUUCUCCUCAGUCUCAGUCCAGCCUCACCCCUCCUCUUUCACACUCCAGCAGUCCCAUACACCCUUAUCAGUCCAUCCAUAUUCCCUCUCCCCACUACUCCUCACACUGCCACUACCAGCAUAUCCCUCCCUCAUCCGACCUUCCCUCUUCCACAGCUUCCUCCCCGGCCUCCCGCCCCACCCCCCGGGGCCGCUCCCCUCCCCGGCCUCUCCAGCCAUCCCCUCUGGGUGCCACCCCGCUCUCUGUUUUCCGACGGGAUGCGCCCUUCCAGUGCUCCCUGCCUCGCACCAAUACAAGGAGCUCUCCUUUGGAGCAUGGCGGCAUCCAACCAAGGGGUGGAUCUCUUCGGCAGAGUGGGGGAGGAAGUGGGGGUAGCGGCGGCUGGAAGAGGGUGGAGGGGGAGGGGCUUUAUAGAGGAAAGCAUGCCUCACACAAGUUGAUCAGGGCAGCCACAGUAAGCAGCUAUGCCAAGAGAGAGGACUAUAGCUCCGUUUGGGGUGAGGACCAGGACCGAUCAGCAGCCCAGCCACCCAGGAAGGCCUCCAACAAACUCUGGAGGGGCUUUGAGGGACGUUUCAGAGGCAAAGAGUCCGAAAGCGAAAGGGAGGAGAUGGACAGAGCUGAAUAUGGCUACGGUUGGAGGAGGAACAGCAUCGGAAGCUGGAGGAGGGAGCAUCGAAAGUUGAAGGCUUCAUCUAGCAGCAACGACAGGAGGCCAAAAGUGGAGAACUCCCCCAUCUUCUCAAAGAAAAGAGGCAAGGAAGAAGGGGAGAGACGCAGCUCCAGUCUUAGGCUUUCCAGGAGAGCCUUGUUCAGGAGUGAGUCCCAAGGCCUGCUGGUGCCUCGUAACCACAGCGACGAGCCCACGAAGCGGGCACACUGGGUCUCCUCAUUAGACGUGGGGCAAGGUGGCGUGUACAUCAGCAAAGAAGAAGGGGUCAGACUUCUGAGGGCAAAGGAGGAAGACAAACGCCUGUCCUCCACCGCUAGCCUCUUUAACCUCUCUCGUUCUCAGAGCCUGGAGGGCAGCUGCCAUUCCCUCUCCCCUCUCUCGUCCCCUUCCUUUUCUCCAUCUCCUCCUCCCCGGUUGCCCCUCCAGCGCUCUCGAUCACUGAGGGACUUGGGGAGGAGAGUGUUUGGCUCCAUGAGGUCCCUGAGUCUCAAACGGAAGCCAUCCAAGAAAUGACUCUGGUACAAUAAAUGAACAUCACUGUAACAUCUUUCAAGUGUCAUAUUCAAAACACCAGUGGUGGUUGGUAUUAUAUUUCACGUUAAAGGAUGUGCCAAUUUUUAAUUUUCAAGCUUCAAAGAUGUACGAUUGGUUAGACGCAUACACUGGUUCAUAUUACUGGCUUUAAGAUAUCUGCCAGUCCUUUCAUCCACCACCAAUAUGAUGGAAGAUCCUCCCAGGCACAUAAAGUAAAACCUAACUGUUAAUUUUGUUUUUUGGCUCAUGUUUUUCAUUGUGGUAAUGUUUUUUCUAAAUUUUUGAAGACAUCACAACUUUUCUUAGCCCCCGAAAACUAAAAAAUGUACGUGAAAUUGCUCCAAACAGGUUCUGCAGCAUAAACAAGAGUGCUUUGUAGCCAAACAAUUGCACUGUUACUCCCAAAGACUUUCCUCACUGACAAUGUAUUAAUGUUAAUUCUUCACCCGACAGUAGCAAGCAACCACUGUAGGAUGCUGCAUGGCCCAGCAGAGAAAUGUCAGUGAAGAAACCAUAGGUGACAACUGUGUAAUUCCUUUUAGAAACCACAAAUAAUUACAAACUUUUUAAACACCUUUAAGUGAGAGUUUUUCAUAGUGUGAAUGCUGGUUCAAAGGAUUUGACAUCACAACAUUGUUCUGGGUCCUUUUGUGGCUGAAAAGCAGCUUCAUUUAAAGAAUACUGACUAUGAACUCAUAAUAUUGGCUAUUAGCAGCUUCAUUACACAUUGGUUGAAUCCUCCUGUAACCAUUAGUAUGAAUGUGUAUGUGUACACUCCCCUUCUGCAUGCUGCUCUGUGACUUGUUCAGUGAUUAUAGCUAUUGUGAGAAUGUGAUAUUUCUCUUUAAUGGGCAAUACUGCCUCUGAAGUACAAUCAUAUUGGCCAGAUAAUGACCAAAACCAGGCAAAUACUCUUUAACUUGAUAUUGUGCUCAGGAUUUUCAGAUAAAUAUUGAACGAUUAAAAUAUUGAUGAUUUAUUUGAGACAAAAUGUGGCUUCUCAUGGCUUACGAUAAAUAAAAGAA